AUGCACAAUGUCCAUUUAGCAGUGAAUGCUAUGAAGGGAUUUCCUCUCAAAGACUCGUCAGAGUCUGAAGAAGAGGCGUCCAAUUCCAGGGUGAACCAAAUCGACAGAUGUGGGCUGCUAGAAUUUCUUCACCAGGAGGAUGGCAGUACUCUGUCAGACCAGCAGUUCUACCAGAGGCUCCAGAGCUUAAAGGAAGCACACAGGGAGAAGCUGAUGGAGACAAGCAAGCACUUUCAGGGACAUCUGGAGCAAAGGAUGCUGGAGGACUCCAUGCUGUCUGUGGAGACUGCAGGGAAUGUGAGGAAGACAGCUUUAAAUAAGGAUGUGGAGCAGUUCUUCUCCAGUGGGAGACAACACCUCAAAGCCAAUCCAAGCAAGUUGUCAGCUUCUAGGAAUGGAAGUCUAAGGAAAUCUUCCUCUCUGAGUGAGCUGAGCUCAAGAGAUAGCCAAGCUGACAGAGACUCUCCUCCAUUCAAAGAGACACGGAGACCUGUGAGCACUUCAUCAGCCCGGGCGUCAUGUGUGACAAUCCCGCAGCCCUUCAACAUGACCCUCCGGGACGCACAAAAGAAAACUCAGCUUCCGAAAUCCAGAAUGUCCCUGGAUCUGGAGAAACAACUGGUGGAGAAGAGGGAGGCAGAGGAGGCUGAGUGUCAGAAACAGUUCAGAGCAAUGCCCAUCCCAGCACAUGUUUACCUGCCCCUGUUUGAUGAGAUCAAUGACAGCAGGGAGGAGCAGAGGAGGCUCAACCUGGACAGGAGGAAGGAAAUCCUGCUCUCCAUACAGAAGCCAUUCAGCUUUGCAGAGAGAGAAGAAAAAAAGAAGGAGCAAACAAAACAGAUGCUGAGAACAGCCCCCCCGAGCACGCUGAGCGGAAACAUUAAACCCAAAGUGAAAAACAAAAUCCCCAAAUCAGUCCAGGAUCCAACAGUCAGUGACCAUUUAAAAGAGGAUGAACUGUACAGGAAGAUCAGAAUUCAGAGGAGGGCAACAGAUUUGCUUAAAUCAGCUUCAGCACCCAUUCAAGAACAGCCGCAGAAGAGGGAACUGGAUAAGAGCAGCGCUCUGAAAACUAAAAAGAAGACCCUGGGAUAUCUGGAUAAGGAACCCACAUUUCAGCCACGAACAAAUCCAGAGGUUCCCAACUUCGAGAGAUUAAACAGAGCAUUCCAGAAAGAGGCCAUGCGAAGGAAAGAACAGAUAGAGUCGACUAAAUGUAAACCAUUCCAGCUUCGCACUUCCAAUCUGCCACCAAGACAGAGCAGAUCCACUGAGCAUGCACAGCAAGAGUCACGUCCUGUGAUCAAGACACACUUAAAGAGAAGUCAGUCCUUCAAUGGGAUUCUCUCCCUUUCAACUGACACUCUUCCCACCUACAUCACAGACGCUGCAAGGAAACGCCAAGCUGCUAUCAGAAGCUCACUGGAACAGAAGGACAACAAGGAACAAGAGAGGGCUAAAUGGAUGAAGCAGCACAGAUUGAAAUCAGAAGCAAUGAAUAAAGCAGUAACUACACGGGCGAAAGCAAUGGAUACACAUAGGAGUCUAAAGGAUGUGUACAAGGAAAAAUUAAAGCAACACAGGCAGACUGACCAGCACAGGAUGAGGAAGUAUAAGAAAGAGCUGGAGGAGAUGAAGAAGAGAAUACAUGACAGGCCCUACCUGUUUGAACAAGUCACCAAGAGAAAUGCAAUGACCGUGGCAGAGUGCCGGUACCGAGACACACUGAAGCAGGUGGGGCUGAAUGAAGACUUUGUGAGGAAUGCUGGGGGAACGCCACUGUGUGUAUCUGAUGGCGAAGAAAACCAGAGCAGUGAUAGCAAGACCCAGUACAGUAGGUCUGAGUGUGUGAUAAGUUCAGCGGAAAACCAAACAAAAGAAGAGCCAGAGAAUGAAGAGGCAGAGAAAACCAAUGAGGAAGAAAUGAUACAACUAUAAUUACAGCCAUGAGCACUUUGUAUAUUUCUUUGUUUAUAUACAGUAAUGUUUGUAUAUUACAAAGCUGCUAUUGUUUAUAGACAGUAUAUACAUACGCUAAAUACAAUUGGUUUUAAUUUAAGAAAUGGAAUCAUGCUGGACAAUGUGCGUGAAUUCUGAUUUAUGACAAAAGGUUUAAUUUGUUGUUCUGAGUAGUCACAACAAAUUAUGGUUGACUUGACUUUUUAAUUUUUUUUUUCAAAUAGAUGUAAGAGCUACCUGAAAUAUUUCUAAUUUAAUAUCGUAUUAAGUGUUUGCAUCUGAAUUGAAACAAGUUUGUAUUAAUAAUGCUGCAUCAGUACUGUGUGUAAAUAGUUUUAAUGAACACUACUUUUGGCACAUGGCUUUAUGUCUGUUUAUAUUUUGCAAUAUGCCAUUCUUAGAAAAUAGAAGUUUCAUGCUUAUCUAUAGCCUAAAAAAGCUGUUUGUGUAGCAUUGUAUUUGAAAUGUGGCUAGGCUUUUUCUAUGGGAAACAAAAAACAGCUGAGAGUUGAAGAUGCCUUUGAUAUAAAACACAAAUGAUAAUUUGAUCAGUCGUGGGCCAAAGAAAGUCCUUAUUGACACUCGCCUAUUACGGAAUGACUUGAAUUAUUCUUAUAAAUCCAUACUGGUAGUGUUGGAUUUAAACUGAAAAUGUAAUUUUGGCAUCUCUGCCAUGUGAGGUUCUGUAACCACAUUUGGGGCUAUUGCUGACAAAGUGGUGCACUGGUGACCUGCCUUUGAAGGAGUGGACUAAAUUAACAUCUUUCAUUGACAUCCAUGCUGUUGGCAGUGGAUAAAAGUCAAGGGUCUUGGCAGACACUGGCGCAGUUUAAAUCUGCCUGCAAUUACUGUAAAGAUUGGAUAAAGAGGAAGCUAAAUAGAUAUGGCCUGGUGUGCCCCAUCAUUAUGGUGUAGAAUAUUACAGAUAAGUGUGGUCACAGCUUAGAGCAUUGUGAUUGCAUUGAAGAAUAACAUACAUUUAAAGCUUUCUUUUUGAUCAUGAUCUCACUUACAUAUGCAUUUUGAUCUCUACAUAGCCGAUUAUGGAUCUCUAUACAUAGACUGCAACAUAGCAAUUUAAUUUCACUGACGCAGAAGCCUUGGUGUGACAGGGCAGAUGCCCGGCACAU